AUGGCAUCAUCGAGCUGUGGGAAGUGCGAUCGUUUCGAUACGGAUGAGAUGGUAGCUUGCGAAUCAUGUUCGGCUCGGUUCCACUGUGACUGUGUGGAAGAGUCCCCAGGAGCGACCGGCCGAAAAUUUAAGUGCGAUGUUUGUCUUGCCAAGAAGACACGGAAAACCACAGCUAAAAAGCCCACCAAAGUUGGUGAUUCGAGUGCAAAUCUUCCUCCCACUCAAUCACUGGGCGCUAUCCGAGAAGUCUGUGGUAAUUUAGCUGUGCUAGUGGAUCCUGUUCUACCAAUCCCUCCAGUGAUGAGUGAAAACUAUCCCCGAACACCCGACUGUGAUCAAGCCACGAUCAUCUCCCAAGGUCGUAAUACUAUUGGCCUAAUGGAACUCGAUUUUGAUCAGGAGCUACAGAAAAUGAGGGACGAAAUGGAACGCAACGAGAGGAAAUUGGAGCAGGAACGGGUACUACGUGAGAAGCAGCUGGAAUUCGAGCGUCAGUAUGCCGAAAAGCGCCAAAAACAGGAGAAGCAGCUCCAACAAAAACAACUCGAGAUGGAGAAGUCCAUAUUAGCGAAGAAAUUAGCUGAUGAAAUGGAAUUCCAACAGCAGCAACGUGCACUCCGGGAAGAUUACGAGCGCGCCCGUAGUGAAAUGCUGUCGGUCAGCCAAGAAGAAGCUAUCGGUGGAUACGAUCCGUUCAAGGAACGAGAUGAUCUUUCUGGUGUCGAGAAAGUGAAAAAGUGGCUUCGGGAUGACGAACCAAAACAAAUCAACGAUGCGGUCAACCCACAUUCGGGUUAUAAAUUCGAUCGUCCAACGUACCCGGAGCCUCUUGCAGAAAAGGUACAGAAACGAAUUAUAUCUGACGAACAGUCCAGCGCCAGUGGAAUUGAUGAUUACUCCCCGAGAGCUGGUGUCGUGCAAUCCGUCGUUGAUCGCGAGCCGCAGCCAGGGCCAACAAGGGCACAGCUCGCUGCGCGUUCAGCUUUACUAAGAAAUUUGCCAACCUUCAGCGGCAAGCCAGAGGAAUGGCCGCUUUUUAUUAGCUCCUACAAAAAUUCAACCGAAGCUUGCGGUUUGUCAAACCAGGAGAAUUUAGUCAGGCUUCAAGAAUGCCUCAAAGGUCCCGCGCUUGAAUCCGUCCGAAGUCGACUGAUGCUGCCGUCGUCAGUACCGAAGAUUAUUCACAUGCUCCGUGAAGUGUACGGCCGGCCGGAGCAGCUUAUACACUCACUGCUUAGCAAAGUAAAACGAGCCGCUGCACCGAGGGUUGAUCGGCUAGAAACUUUCAUCCAGUUUGGAAUGGUUGUCCAGGAAUUAUGCGACCAUCUAGAAGCAGCUGAGCUCCACGAUCACCUGGUGAAUCCCACCCUGAUCCAAGAGCUAGUCGAGAAGCUGCCAGCAGCCACCAAGAGAGAGUGGGUCCAAUUCAAACGCGCCGAGGGGAGGACUACCCUCCGAACAUUCGCCGAUUUUACUUCAAAAAUCAUGUCUGAAGCUAGCGAAGUAACUUUGGUGGUGGAUCAGAAGUUUUUUGACUUCCGACUUAGUGACAGGCCUAGAUCAAAGGAAAAAGGUUUCCUUCAGGCGCAUUCCAGUGGAGCUGUGGGGAAUCCAUUCCCGGUACCAUCGAUUUGUCGAUUCUGCAGAAAAAAUAAUCACAGAAUCCGAAACUGUGAUGAUUUCCGAUCACGUCCCCUGAAGGAAAGAAUCAGACUGAUGACCCAGUGGAAGCUUUGUGAGCGAUGUCUGAAUGAGCACGACGGAUGGUGCCGAUUCAAAAUUACGUGCAACGUAGGUUCCUGCCGUCAACAUCAUCAUCCACUAGUACAUCGUGAUUCCCGAGAACCCCUACCAGCAAGGCAACAUUCUGUGCGAUCAAUGGAUGAUUCUCCCGCUCAAUCUCCCAUGCCAAUGAACGCCCAUCAUCACACGAAAUUUCCCGUUAUUUUCCGAAUGGCUCCAGUCACUAUACACAACGGUAACCAUUCAAUAAAAACGAUGGCAUACAUUGACGAGGGUUCGUCAAUCACAUUGAUCGAAGACAACCUAGCACGAGAGUUAGAAUUGAAAGGCAUUCCCCAACCGCUGACUUUGCAGUGGACCGCAAACGUAGUUCGGCACGAAGCUCUCUCCGAAUGUGUCUGCGUAGAAAUUUCCGGCGAUGGAGGUGAUCGUUUCCAGCUGAGUGAUGCGCAUACAGUUAAGAAGAUGCACCUACCGAGCCAGCUGAUCGACUUUCAACAAAUUUCGAACCAGUAUCCACACUUGCGAGGUCUGUUUGCUGCUACCCACACAGGGGAAGAGCCACGAAUAUUAAUCGGAUUGAAUAAUGUUUUCUUGUUUGCGCCGCUCGAAUCACGAGUCGGUGAUCCGUCGGAGCCGAUCGCUGUCCGCUCGCAUCUGGGGUGGACAAUCUACGGGCCACGAAAGCCACAAGGUUCCUCUGUGUUUGUUGGCUGCCAUGACGAGAUGCGUGUUACGAAUCUAGACCUGCACGAUCAGAUUCGUACUUAUUUCCAAGCCGAUGAUUCGGGUUUUCUGGUGAAAGAGUUGCCGGAGUCCGACGAUUUGAAGCGAGCUCGUUCCAUCUUGAACUGCACUACCGUUCGAGUUGAUGGACGCUACGAGGUUGGUCUUUUGUGGGCAAAGGACGAUAUUAAGCUCCCAGACAGUUUUGCUAUGGCUUUACAGCGAGAGAAACAUUUCGAGCGCCGUUUGAAAAAGAAUCCACACAUCGAGCAAGUUGUUCGCCAGCAAGUUGAGGCGUACUUAUCGAAGCGCUAUGCGCAUAAAGCUACGCCUGAAGAAUUAGAUUCUGCAGAACCGGGAAGAAUUUGGUACCUCCCGUUAAAUUAUGUCGAGAACCCGAAAAAGCCGGGUAAAGUGAGGUUGGUGUGGGACGCCGCCGCUCAAGCGCAUGGAAUAUCGCUCAAUUCCGUACUUCUACCGGGGCCCGAUCUCCUCACAUCCCUUCCAGCUGUAAUUCAACGAUUCCGAGAGCGAAAGGUUGCUUUCGGAGCGGACCUCCGCGAAAUGUAUCAUCAGAUACGCGUGCGGGAGCAGGACCGCCAAGCCCAACGGUUUCUCUUCCGAAGUAAUCCCAACGUCGAGCCCGAAAUUUAUAUUAUGGAUGUCUGCACGUUCGGGUCGGCGUGUUCCCCUGCCAUGGCUCAGUUCGUGAAGAAACUGAAUGCUACUCAAUUUGUCGACAAGUUUCCCGAAGCCGUUGGCGUUAUUGACAGGCGUCAUUACGUCGACGACUAUUAUGACUGUACCGAUACCGAGGAACAAGCGAUCACCCGAGCGCAGCAAGUGCGAUACAUACACCAGCAAGCAGGCUUCGAAUUCCAUGGCUGGGUUUCGAACCGCAAGUCUGUUCUUCAAGCUCUCGGUGCCCCUUCGACUCCGGAAGUGGCGUUAAGCGACCCCAAAACCAGUGGCACUCAGCGUGUUUUGGGAAUAAUUUGGAAACCGGAAGAAGAUGUUUUUGUUUUUUCUACCGAUGUCCGAACUGAUCUACAACCAUAUUUCUACAACCAAAUCAGACCAACGAAACGCAUCGCGCUCAGCGGAAUCAUGAGCCUUUUUGAUCCGCUAGGAUUCUUGGCGCCAUUCACUAUUCUCGGGAAGCUCCUACUCCAGGACCUUUGGCGGACCGGGUGUGAAUGGGACCAGUUGAUUGACGACGAUAGCUACCGCACUUUAGAAUUGCAUACGUUUGUGGAUGCCUCUGAACAGGCGUAUGGGGCAACAUCUUUCUUUCGCAUUACCGAGGGAAAUAGCUACCGAUGUUCACUAGUCAUGGCGAAAACUAAAGUGAGCCCGCUUAAGCAGUUGUCAAUUCCCAGGAUGGAACUGUGUGCUGCAGUUCUCGGCUCUGCACUUGCUAACAAAAUCGAAUGCGAACACGAUCUGAAGGUGAUGAGGCGAGUGUUCUGGUCCGACUCCCGGACAGUGCUAUCUUGGAUUCGCUCCGACCAACGUAAAUAUAAACCGUUCGUUGGAUUUCGUAUCGGAACAAUUUUGCAGAACACAAAAAUCGACGAGUGGCGUUGGGUGCCAACAAAACACAACAUCGCUGACAUCGUGACGAAACCGAGCGCUAGUCUGUUCUUAGAAACUGAUAGUCCCUGGUUUCUAGGCCCAGAUUUUUUGCGAAAAGAUGAGAGCGAGUGGCCAGAGCAACAUUUACCUUCUCCAAACACCACUGAAGAACUUCGUGUUUGCCAUCAACAUCAUACUACGAUAUCUUCUUUUUCUUUUAUUGAUGUCACACGAAUUUCGAAAUGGAAUAUUCUCCUGCGUACCAUAUGCUGUGUGUUUCGUUUCGCUUCAAAUUGUCGACGUAAAGCCAAAAAAGAACCGAUUGAGACAGUUGAAGCCCCAGACUCUACGAAAAGGUUGGUUGUGCGUUUUGUGCCUGGAGUGGUGGUUCCGCUGCAGCAAAGCGAGUAUGAGCGCGCCGAGACAGUGUUGUGGAAAAUGGCUCAACAUCAACACUACUUCGAUGAAUUAGCAACUCUGAAAAAGAACGAGGGACUGCCAAAAGAAAAGUGGCUAAGUAUCGAGAAAACAAGUCCGUUGCAUCGUUUAUUGCCGUUUCUCGAUGACUUGGGUGUACUUCGCGUCGACGGGAGAAUUAGAGAAGCCACUUUUAUUCCGUUUGACACCCGUUUCCCCAUCAUUCUGCCAAGAGAGCAUGCCGUCACAUAUCAUAUUAUCAACUUCUACCAUCAGCGAUACGGCCAUGCUAAUAAGGAGACGGUUUUUAACGAAAUGCGCCAACGAUUCCACAUCUCUAAACUUCGUCCAGUAAUCGAUCGUGUGGGGAAGCAGUGCCAGUGGUGUGCAGUUCGAAAAUCCCGACCGAGACCAGCAAGAAUGGCCCCACUCCCUGUCGAACGUAUCACACCUUAUUUGAAGCCGUUUAGCUAUGUUGGUGUGGACUAUUUUGGGCCGAUCGAGGUGACUGUCGGACGUCGAUCAGAAAAACGUUGGAUUGUGUUAUUCACAUGUCUCUCUGUACGAGCAAUCCAUCUCGAAGUGGUCUAUCGACUGAACACUGAUUCUUGCAUCAUGGCAAUCCGAAGAUUCGUCCUGCGCCGUGGGCCUCCUGUUACAUUCUUCUCCGAUAACGGAACCAAUCUGAAGGCCGCCAGUAAGGAACUGCAAGAACAAAUAAAACGCAUCGACACCGCUUCUGCAAAUGUGUUCACAAAUGCGAGGACCCGUUGGAGCUUCAAUCCGCCAUCCGCCCCACACAUGGGGGGCAUAUGGGAGCGCAUGGUGCGCUCAACAAAAGCUGUUAUGGCCACGCUGACAUCCGGAAGCCGAAUGACCGACGAGAUUCUGCUCACAGUAAUAACUGAAGCCGAAGAGAUCGUCAAUACUCGGCCCUUAGUCUAUCUGCCGCAGGAUUCGGAUGAGCCCGAAUCGUUGACCCCGAACCAUUUUCUGCGAGGUAGCUCUUCGGGCCAACUGGAUCUACCUAUACCUCCAACUGGGGAGGCUGCCGCCUUGAGAAGCUCGUACCGCCGAUCGCAGCUGCUUUCCGAUGAACUUUGGAAAAGGUGGCUGAAAGAAUACUUGCCGUCUCUCAACGUCCGUAGCAAAUGGAUUGAAUCGAACGAGCCGCUGAAGAAGGAUGACUUGGUUUUCGUUACCGAUGACCUAUGCCGUAACAGUUGGAUCCGGGGACAAAUCGUGGACGUUAUUCCAGGAAAGGACAACCAGGUGCGCCAGGUGUUGGUUCGUACGUCUUCAGGAGUCUUUCGACGACCGGUAACAAAACUAGCAGUAAUCGAGGUAGGUUCAUCUAGUAAAUCUGACUCGGAAGCAGGUUCCGGACAAGUUUUACGGGCCGGGGAGUGUUGA